AUGCGACCAUUACUGCGGCACGCCCCAAGACUAUUCCGACCGGCGCAGUCACUCCGGCGGGUGGCGGCGGGAGCCGCGCACUCGACGCCGGCGGCCGAACCAUGUCAACCAUCGACGCCCUACCGACAGCUGAGCUCAACGCCAACCCUCCCCCACACUCACCCCGCCUCCGCUGCCUCUUCCUCCUCCUCCGUUAACGAAACCGAAAUCUCCCACUUCUCCGCCCUCGCCUCCUCCUGGUGGGACCCCCACGGCCCGUCGCGUCCUCUCCACCUGAUGAACCCGCUCCGACACGACUUCAUCCGCGCCUGCCUCUCGUCCUCUCCAACCAGUACCUCCACCCCGACAGCACUCCGAUACCUGGACGUCGGCUGCGGAGGUGGCAUCUUCGCCGAGUCAGCCGCGCGCCUGCCGUCCACCCUCUCCGUGACAGCGAUCGACCCGUCCCCGACCAUCCUCGCCGUGGCGCGGUCGCACGCCCGGCGCGACCCUGCCCUGGGUCUGAGCAAGAAGCUGGUGUAUCUGAACGAGACGAUCGAGUCGCUGCCGUUACCGGAGUCGCCAGUGGGCAGGUUUGAUGUGGUCAGCGUGUUCGAGGUCGUCGAGCAUGUCGACUACCCGGCGGCCUUCCUCGACCGGGUCGGGCAGUUUGUCAAGCCCGGCGGGUGGCUCGUCCUGAGCACCAUUGCGAGGACGUGGACGAGCUGGGUGACGACCAAUCUGGUGGCUGAGGAUUUGUUGGGGGUGGUGCCCAAGGGGACGCAUGACUGGAAUAAGUAUAUUAAUGAGGGCGAGUUGAGGAGGUAUUUUGACGGGAAGGGCGGGGCGUGGGGGCGCCGAUGGUCAUGGGCGUGGUGUAUGUGCCCGGCCUGGGGUGGAAGGAGGUGA